AUGAAACUGUUAUUGAUGAAGGGUUUAAGCAGAAAUCUGAUUGUAAGUUUGAGGAAAUUUUCAGUCCAAGUUGGGAAGGGGCCGCCGAAUCCUCAUUCCAAAGACCUCAAGAUCGACGGAGUUAAAGACAUCAUAGCUGUUGCUUCCGGCAAAGGUGGUGUCGGCAAGUCAACCACCGCCGUGAAUUUGGCCGUUUCACUUGCUAAUAGAUGUAAAUUGAAAGUUGGGUUGCUCGAUGCUGAUGUUUAUGGACCCUCAAUUCCAAUUAUGAUGAAGCUCGAGGGAAAGCCACAAGUUACUCCAGAAAGGAAAAUGAUUCCGAUUGAGAACUAUGGAGUUAGAUGCAUGUCAAUGGGUUCUCUGGUGGAAGAAGGUGCAGCCCUUGUUUGGAGAGGUCCUAUGGUCAUGAAAGCUCUUGAACAAAUGACACGGGGAGUAAGUUGGGGAACCUUGGAUGUUUUGGUGGUUGACAUGCCUCCUGGCACUGGUGAUGCUCAGAUAUCUAUUUCCCAGAGGCUGCAACUGUCUGGAGCUUUGAUUGUUUCCACCCCACAAGAUGUUGCUCUGAUGGAUGCAAGAAGAGGGGUUAAGAUGUUCUCUCAAGUCAAUGUGCCUAUUCUUGGAGUUCUGGAGAAUAUGAGCUACUUUAAGUGCCCUAACUGCUCAGAGUCCUGGCACAUUUUUGGUAAAGGAGGGGCUCAAAAGACAGCCGAGGAAAUGAAUAUGCAAUUCUUAGGCGAGAUACCACUUGAAGUUGGCAUCAGAAGCGGUUCAGAUGAAGGCGUUCCCAUUGUAGUAUCACACCCUGAUUCUGUAGUCUCGAAAGCGUAUGGUAAUGUGGCUGAGAAGGUUGUCAACAGGCUUGAUGAAUUGGCCAAGCAAAAUUGGGGAAUGCAUCUUCUUCAAUAUCAUCACCCCGCAGCCGUAUUGUUCAAAUCCUCUGCAUCAACCCCAGCUCCCAGAAAUGGCCUCUUUCAUCCUUAUCCAGAAACCAGCCCCCAAAACCCUAGAGACUCCGGGUUCCAUUUUCCCCGUCCAAGAAAGACCCAUCGUCAUUACUCGGUCCUGAAUUGCUGGGGUAACGAAACCCACAUUCCGAAAUGGCCGGUUCACGCCGUCAGCUUCUGCAAUGGCUCCGUCGUCGACGACGGCGAGGAGUGUGUAAGGAACGUCGGAGUAUCCAAGGAUGUUGACGUGGCCACCCUGGGGAACCUCUGUGUGGAUAUCGUUCUCAAUGUUCCUAAAUUGCCCCCAAAGCCUACCGAUCAGCGUAAAGCAUACUUGGAUGAGCUAUCCAAAACUCCUCCUCCUAAGCAAUAUUGGGAAGCUGGUGGCAACUGUAAUAUGGCAAUAGCAGCGGCAAGGCUUGGGCUUCGAUGUGCUACAAUUGGUCAUGUUGGUGAUGAAAUCUAUGGGAAAUUCCUGUUAGAUGUCCUCCAUGAUGAAGGAAUAGAUGUAAUUGGAAUGAAUGAAAACGGUGAUGAAGUCAGUGGUUCAACCGAAGCCUAUGAAACACUUCUUUGCUGGGUAUUAGUGGACCCUUUGCAAAGACAUGGGUUUUGCAGUCGAGCAGAUUUCAGUAAGGAGCCCGCUUUUAGUUGGAUGAGAAAACUAUCAGCUCAGGCAAAGAAGGGUAUUAAGCAAUCAAAGAUACUGUUUUGCAAUGGUUAUGGGUUUGAUGAACUUACCCCUAGCCUUCUUGAAUCUGCCCUCGAAUAUGCUGUUGACAUGGGAACCUCAAUCUUCUUUGACCCUGGUCCAAGGGGCAAAACCCUUCUGUCGGGAUCAGCUGAUGAACAAAGGGUCCUUGAUAAGUUCUUAAGAAUGAGUGAUGUUCUUCUGUUAACUUCUGAUGAGGCUGAGUCAUUGACGGGCAUAGGAAAUCCAAUUCUGGCAGGACAACAGUUGCUUCAGGAAGGAAUUCGUCUAAAAUGGGUUAUUGUUAAGAUGGGCCCGAGGGGUUCUCUUUUGAUUUCCAUGUCACAAAUAGCUUGUUCACCUGCAUUCAAGGUAAAUGUUAUUGACACAGUGGGAUGUGGAGAUAGUUAUGUGGCCGCCAUAGCGUUUGGUUUUUUACAUAAAAUGCCUUUGGUCCAUACACUGGCUAUGGCUAACGCGGUGGGUGCUGCAACUGCCAUGGGCUGCGGAGCUGGUAGAAACGUAGCAACCUUGGAACAAGUUUUAGAACUGAUGAAGAAAUCAGAUCUGAAUGAAGAUGAUCGAUUUUGGAUGGAACUAUUGAAUCAAAAUCUGGAUGUAGAACAAAAAACAUUGCUCUCAACAAUGGUCACAAAUGGAAGCAGCAGACAACUAAGUUGUAUAACACCACAGAAAGUGGUGUCUGAAGUGCUGCCGAAGCUUGAACACACACGUUCUUCCCCUUCCUUGCCCUCCUUUUCCACUGGUUAG